AUGCCAGCUCUCAACCAAAAGAUAUGGGGUAACGUCACUCAAGUCAUGGCAGACGAGAACAAGACCAGCCCUGUAUUCACUACAGUGGAACACAUGACCCCUGUCAUGCUGUUCUGGGAGGGUAUUUCAGGUGUCGUCUCAUUCGUCAGAUGGACCGCGGCCACGGCAGACAAGGCUUGGGGCGAACUGGGACUAGUUUAGCUUGAAAGCUUUUUGUUGGAGAUUUUCAUUCUCUGGCGUCAUGGGCAUGAUGAGAUGGUUGAUCAUGAAGAGACUCGAGAAUGAGCUAGAGUCCCAAGCUGAGCACUUCAG